UGGGGGGCGGCGGCGGCCGGCGAUGAGCGGCGGGCGCGCGUGAGGAGCCGCGGGCGAGGCUGGGGGGCCCCGGAGCGCGAGCCGCAGGGCGGAGGGCGGGGGCGCGAGCGCGGCGGGCGGCGGCGAGGCGGCGGCCGAGAAGAUGGCGGACGGCGACAGCGGCAGCGAGCGCGGCGGCGGCGGGCCCGGCGGCUUCCAGUCCGCGCCUCGCGGCGGCGGCGAGCAGGAGACGCAGGAGCUGGCCUCGAAGCGGCUGGACAUCCAGAACAAACGCUUCUACCUGGAUGUGAAGCAGAACGCCAAGGGCCGCUUCCUCAAAAUCGCUGAGGUGGGCGCAGGCGGCUCCAAGAGCCGUCUCACGUUGUCCAUGGCGGUGGCCGCCGAGUUUCGCGACUCGCUGGGAGACUUCAUCGAGCACUACGCGCAGUUGGGCCCCAGCAGCCCCGAGCAGCUGGCGGCGGGCGCCGAGGAGGGCGGCGGGCCGCGGCGCGCGCUCAAGAGCGAGUUCCUGGUGCGCGAGAACCGCAAGUACUACCUGGACCUGAAGGAGAACCAGCGCGGUCGCUUCCUGCGCAUACGCCAGACGGUCAACCGUGGCGGCGGCGGCUUCGGCGCGGGGCCCGGGCCCGGCGGCCUGCAGAGCGGUCAGACCAUCGCGCUGCCAGCACAGGGCCUCAUCGAGUUCCGCGAUGCUCUGGCCAAGCUCAUCGACGACUACGGCGGUGAGGAGGACGAGUUGACCGGCGGCCCUGGGGGCGGUGCUGGCGGCCCCGGGGGUGGCCUAUACGGGGAGCUCCCAGAGGGCACCUCCAUUACGGUGGACUCCAAGCGCUUCUUUUUCGACGUGGGCUGCAACAAGUACGGGGUGUUUCUGCGCGUGAGCGAGGUGAAGCCGUCUUACCGCAACGCCAUCACCGUGCCCUUCAAGGCCUGGGGCAAGUUUGGAGGCGCCUUUUGCCGGUAUGCGGAUGAGAUGAAAGAAAUCCAGGAGCGACAGAGGGAUAAGCUUUAUGAGCGCCGCGGUGGGGGCAGUGGCGGCGGCGACGAAUCCGAGGGUGAGGAGGUGGAUGAGGAUUGAAAUGGGCAGCUUCCCCUACCGGCCUCCCCUACCCCACCACCAUCCCCUUGGCUAGAAAGUUCCCUUUCCUGCUCAACUUCCAGUGAGCUAGUGCAGAAGGGAGCAAGGGAGGCUGCAAAGGGAGAAAGCAAAAUAACAAAUAAUAUAGUUAAGAGAAAUAACCGAAAGAGAACAGUCACGGACAAUUAGAGAAAAGCAGUAAAGUUCUAAGGAACUGACAGCAACCUGCAAAGAGAGGACAACAGCGUCUCCUCACCUGCGCGAAAGUCUCAGCUUCUGUUGUUUCCCAACUGAGGUUCCUAAACCCAUCAGGAAAACCCUGGAAGGGAUAGAUGUUCAAACGUCUGGGCCAAAAAACACGUCUGAGUUACCCAGAUCCACCCAUUGAUAACAGUUAAAUUUGUGUCGUACCUGGGUAAUCUAAAGAUCUCUCCAGGCCUCACUAUUGCAGUGUCUAUCCCUUCACAUCCAUUGAAAUCAGCGUUUUGGAUCUAGAUCUUCAUAGAAUCCUUGAGAAGAAAGGCCUUUGCAAUUACCCAGUUCUGAGGGUUCAGGUUUAUGAAAAGGAAUGCAACUUCACAUAAUCAUGGACAGGGCAAAAGAAUUCAAGAAGCCAUUGGAGAAUAUAGAAACAGAUUGGAUCCAUUUUUUAAAAAAUGGUUUUGCAUGGAACCUGGACCAAGGCCCGUGUCUUUUCUUUGCAGAAUUGUUUUCCGGGAUGCAGAUAAAUUCAGACGUCAAUGCUUGAACUAGAAUCCAUUGCUAAAAUAGUUUUAAAGUUUGCAAAAUUUUUGAAAAACAAAAGCAAUUUUACAUUGGGGAUUGCUGAGGUAGGCACAAGAAGUCAGGCAUAAAGCACAAGGCAAACUGUUUGAGUGGAUUGGUUGCUGCUCACUAAAGUUCUUCCCUUGAUCUCUAAAUAUGGAGGUCAUUACCAAGAAAUGGCUUAGGUAUGAAUGAGAGCCAGAUCCCUAUGGCUCCACAACAUGAGCCAGUGAAUUAUGGCUAAUUCGGCUGUUACAGCCACUGGUUGGCUGCAUUUUAAACGUAAAACUUGACAAUUACCUGUUAAAGGAACAGUGUGGCUACAAGCCUGAGCUUUAAUGGAAUAUACAUCCAUCCUCACAGAAAAGUUGGAAAUAACCAAAACUGAAGUCUUAAUUUACCUUCAGUUUAAUCUGUGGAUUUGUUCAAUACUAAAGAUCCUCAGGUCCAGAAUUCCAGCAUCAUUUAUUCUUUUAAAGUAAAAUUUUAAGAACUUGAUCCAUUGUAUCAGUACCUCACAAUCAAAGUUAGCAAAUGAUGGAUGAGUGAUUCAAGCAGUGCUCCUGGUGGAAGCUGAAAUCCAUCUGUGAAUGGAACUGAAGUGAAGGUGAAUAUGCUGACUUUAUCCUGGAAGCAUUUUUAUACCAUCUUGAAAUUUCAACAAACUGGCUUUUGCCAGUUUAUCCAGCUGUCUUUCAAGAAUAAAAGUUGGGGUUUUCAAGGAUCGCCUCUUCUAUAUUUUAAAAUGGAUUUUCAGUAGAAAUGAUUUUUACUAAUCAAGUUAAUCCCAACCCCAUCAAAAGGUAUUCCUAGAAGUGUCAUAGACCUAGGUAACUUUGAAUUGAAUGGGAGCUAAUGUUCUUUCCAAAGUUUUCAGGUAUUCUUUGUGUGACACCUUCUCAACCAGGAGGCAAGUAACCCCACCUCCACAAUCUUAGUAUUUUUUUUAACUGCAUGCCUGCCCUUUAUUUGAGCUGCCUUUUUAAUUUAUUGCAUAUCCUUUUUAUUAUCUUAUUUUGGUAUUAUUCAAUCUAUACAAUCUUUUUGUAUUUAUUGGUAAAUAAGUAAUAUACAAAAAGGUCGUUUCAUGUAUUUGUGGCUGAGAGGGAGGGAAAUGUGUAUAUAAAAUUAGGCUUUUUUAAAACAUAGACUAUGAUUCAGAAUAUUGUUGAUCUUAGAUUAAAAAAAAAAAAAAAAGUGGAAGAGCCACAAACAUUGGUGCCCUUUUCAGACUAUUUCUCUA